CCUCGUAUUCAUAUAUUCAACAUACUGAAUUCACCAUUCACAUUACUUGAGCUAUGGAGGGUGUGAAUGGUGAAGAAGACCAGGCAGGGGUGACGCAAAAGCAGGUGAAAGAUGCUCAGGACAAUGAAGAAGAUCUUGAUCCUGAGGAGUACAAUAAGAAAACAAACGAAUUCUUUGAGGGCAUUAUAAAGAAGAUGAAGAAUGAGGUUGCGGAGUAUGGGAACAAAAUUGAGAAAGCUAUGGUUACAAACAUCACAAAUGAUUUAAGCAUUGUGAAGGCUUUGGUGGUGGAAUUUUGCACCCAAAAUUAUAUGAAAACCCAUGUGAAAGGCAAGGUAAAGUGCAUAGAAAAAGAAGUUGACGAAGUAAUUAAGCAGAAUAAAUGGGAGAAAAAGAAGAAGGAGGAGGAGGAGGAGGAGGAGGAGAGAAAGUCGGUGAAAACCUCUGAAUGGUUGUAUUAUAUUGGUCAGAAAACGGCGAAAAUCAAGAAUUUGGUUUCCCAAUUUGGGAGCCUGCCGGAUGAAGAAGACCAGUACGAGGAGAAGAAGGAGGAGGAGGAGAGCAGUGCAUCGUCGUCGUCGGUAAUCGGCGGUAAGAGGGAAAAGCAGAAAACGGUAUCAAACUCGACGGAAUGCCAUAAAAUGUGCAUCGAAGAGAGCCUCCUGAUAUCGCCAAUGAUGGCGGCUAGCCUUAAAAAGAGCUUCGACCAUCUUCCCAGUAACGAAUUGAAGCUGUGUUUGCUCACCCUUUCGGCUUUUCCAGAGGAUUUCAUCAUAAAGAAAAGGCCACUCAUAUAUUGGUGGAUGGCAGAGGGCUUCGUAGUGGGUGAGGAAGUUGGCGAACAGAACUUCACCCAACUUAUCCAACAUGGGUUAAUACAACCUUGGUAUGAAUCAGGCAACACUACUACUACUACUACAGACCAACCACAUAAUAAUAAUGUAGUACAUGUACAAGGUUGUCGUGUGCAUCCUUGGAUUCGAAGAAUGUUGGUUUCAAUUGCAAUGGAUGCCCAGUUGUUUGAAUUUUUUGGUAUUCCUCAGGAGCAUCCACAUCCACAUCCUCCUGGGAAUAAUCCUCAUCCCAGAAGCCGACGUGUGUGCUUAUAUGACGAUGGAGAAGGGGUAGACGAUAUUACCACUUGGAAAACUAGAACUCGGAAAUAUGACAGGUUUCGUGAAAGGUUCAAAUGGAUAAAAGGUAAUGCUGUUCACUGGGAGAGGAUAAAGACAGCGCUGCAUGAUGUUAAGGGGAAGGAGGAGUCGCCUGAAAUAAUAAUGCCAAUAAAGGAUCGUCAUAAAGAGGUGUCUGAUAGGCAAAGGAAGCUGCUAAUCACUUAUACUAGAUUUCUAGCUCCUCUCAAUAUUUUGGUUGCUGAAGUAGUCGCCCAUGGAAAAAUAAUGAAACCUGCAGCCGUGCCCAGGAGCGAUCAUCAUGAUGCCCUCCUCGAUGCCCUCAAUCACAGGCUAAGUAAUGUGAAGACUCAAAUUGAUGAUGCUAUGAAAAACAAUGAUGCCCAAAACAUUCUCAAAAAGUUGCAGGAUGAGCAAAUGGAACUGGUGAAAGACAUUGAGGGGUUAGAAAAGCUAGCAAAAGAUCAGUUGAGUUAUCUGGAGAGUGUGCUUGAUACUGCGGUCUAUGAAAGAAGCCACAUCUGCAACAAGUUGCAGAAAAAUGAGUUGUUAUUUAGACACAAUGACCUCAACAAGCCAUUUCCUUUUCCAAUGAAGAAGAAGAAGGACAAAGGGAUAUGGACCACCACCACAAGUACUACUACUAGUAGUAAUGGAACAAGUAACGCCAACAAGAAUGAGCAAGACAAAAAAAGUGAUGAGGAAGCUGUGGCUGCGGCAGCGGAGAGAUUACUGGCAAUCAUCAAUGUUACCCAGAAAUACCUGGAUAUGGAUCAUGAAGCAUUUGGGAAAAUGAAAAGGCUUCGAACUCUUCACCUGGGGAGGUGGCGAGACUCCUUGCCUGUACCUCACAUUGAGGUUGAAGAUGCCAGAAUCUUGGAAGCCCUGUUCCAUGUGGCCAAGCAUUUGAAAUACUUGAGCCUGAGAGGGAUUUCAAGGAUCACUGAAUUGCCUUCCAAUAUCUCUAAUUGCUGCAACCUCCAAAUCCUGGACCUCAAGGCCUGUUACAAUUUGGAAAAGCUUCCUGCCCAGAUUGCCUUUCUCUAUAAACUCACUCAUUUGGAUGUCUCAGAAUGUUACCUCCUUCAGAAUAACAAUUUGUGGAGCCUUGUUCAACCCCUUCAGUUCCUCCAAACCUUAAAGGGUCUCAAGGUAGACCAAUCCACUCAAACCUCUCUUAAAGCCUUGGCAACUGCUGAUAGCUUAAGGAAGUUGAGCAUCAUACUCACUGAACGCGACUUCAACAUAGAUCUACUAACCGGUUUGAGCAAGCUUUGCAUUCUCACAAUAACAUGGAGGAUAACACCAGAGCCCCAGCAAAAACCAGGUGCCAGCACUGAGAAUCCGCGACAGGAACAACCGGAAAAAAGUGAUGAUGGUGGUGGUGGCAGCACUGAGAAUCCGCCACCACAACAACCGGAAAAAAGUGAUGGUGGUGGUGGUGGCAGCAUUGAGAAUCCGCCACCGCAACAACCGGAAAAAAGUGAUGAUGGUGGUGGUGGCAGCACUGAGAAUCCGCCACCGCAACAACCGGAAAAAAGUGAUGAUGGUGGUGGUGGCAGCACUGAGAAUCCGCCACAGCAACAAACAGAUAUUGAGGAGGCUCUGCCAAAUCAUCUAAAGAAGCUUGACCUGAGAUGCUAUCCAGAUAAAGAUUGGCCAAAUUGGGCUAAAAGAAGCAUUCUUCAUUGGAAACACUUUACAUCACUGGAGGAGACCUUGAGGAGUUUCCCAUGGCAGAUCUGAAUUUACCAAAACUCCAGCUUCUGCGUUUCAAAUAUUUAACCAAACUCAAAUUGGGUCAGGAUUUCAACACACCUCACCUAAAAUCCACCAUAUUUCCCUCUCUCAUCACCUUCAUUAACCAUAGCAUCAAGUCUAAGAAGUGAGAAUAAUGCAUGCAUGCAUCAUAUCAUAUCAUGCAACCUGACUCGCUCUCAUCCGCCCACAUCAUAUCCCAACGCGCAAUAUAUAUAGUUGCAGCGUUAGUUACUAUUUUCCCAUUUGAUUUCAAGUCCUUUUUUUUUUGUUUUGUUUUUGUUUUCCAAUAAUUCUGUUGCAUGUUGUGUGUAUUAUGCGGUAGCAUUCAUGAGAUGCUUGCUGCCAUUUUAUUGUUGUAUUGAUUGUUAAGUAAUGUUUUUGAGAAAUAA